CGAGGCGACGGGAUUGCUCCGGCGAAGGAGUGCAGCUCAGGUUCAGAGAUAUCGCGAUCUCGUCUGGGAUUUCUCCGGUGAAGCCAUUGUCGAGUUGGGAGAAAUAAAAAAACUGAAAACCCUUAAGAAACCAAACGACAACGUUUAAAAUAAAAAAAAUAUUAGUGGGUUAAACGGGUUCCCGUUUAUUUUAACAAAAACCCAUUUAAUAAAUGGGUCUCAAGUGGGUUACCCAUUUAAAACCCGACUAGCUUAAUGGGUCUAAAUGGGCAUUUAUUUUUUUCAGAACCCAUUAAAAGCCCGCGAACCUAAACCCAUAUUAACAUCCCUACUCUUCCUUAUAUAUAUAUAUAUAUAUAUAUGUAUUGACAAUAGAGUCAAUGGAAAGACAGAACAAACAACAAAGCAUUUUCUACAUCUCAAAACAAAAAAAAUGGCUGUUUCUUUUCAUGCUCGUUCUCACAGCGUCCCCUCUUUACAACACCCACAAGCUGCUUACGUCGAUGAGCAGUUGACAAGAUUGAGAUCUUCUGAGGCAGUCUCUUCAUCUUCCAGCUCUUCUAUUUACCAAAGACUAAGCGACCUUCAAGAUUUAUAUGAUUCUCUUGACAAGAUGAUUCGCCUAUCUAUCACCAACCAGGGUUUAUCUCAAGAUCAGAUUGAGAAGCUUCUUGAUGGAUCUCUCAUGAUCUUGGAUUUGUGCAACCUCGCCAAGGACGCUUUGUCGCAGAUGAAAGAACGCCUCAAAGAGAUCCAAUCUAUUCUACGGAGAAAGCGUGGUGACUUAUCCGCAGAGGUCAAGAAAUACUUAGUCACAAGAAAGUCUCUCAAGAAGUCAUUCCAAAAAGUACUCAAGAACUUGAGAGUGGGACAGAACAAAGAGACCACGGAUAAGGGCCUGACUGGUUUAACCGCAGCGUCAUUGGUUGUGUUUGGAGAGACAGAAGGUGUAACGAUUGCUCUGUUCGAUUCUCUGUUUAGCUUCAUGUCCGGAUCAAAGGCUUGUGGAAAAUGGUCAUUGGUCUCAAAGAUCAUGAGCCAGAACAAAGAUACAUGUGAAGCUGAAGCAAACGAAUUCACAAGAGUGGAUUAUGUGUUUCAAUCUGAGAAGUUAUUGAAGAUGGAAGAUGUGCAGAUGCUAGAGUCAUGCAUUCAAGAUCUUGAAGAUGGAAUUGAGUCAGUCUCAAAGUCAAUGAUCAAAUACAGAGUCUCACUUCUUAACAUCUUAUAGGUCGUUGCGCCUAUAAAGUUUUGUACGGAAAUGGAAAUGUUAAUAUACAUGUAAAUGAGAAUAGAAACAAACAAUCUUUUGGUCAUAUAACCUUUGCUACUGUCUAUCUAUACUGUUCAUAUUUGUUUUUGUCUAAAUCUUUACUCAUUAAAGAACCUUCAAGAAACAAGUCAACGAGCAAGUACAAAAAUCUUUGCAAAGGAUGCCGUCUGAUCUGAUGAGUAAAACCCAUUGACCACUAAGCGUGAUCAGACCAUAGGACUUGUUAGUUGUUACUUUCACCACAAGAAACUGGACAUACUUGAAUUUUCUUCUGGUUGUAUGGUCUAUUUUCUAAAGUGUUACUAUUAAGAUAUUAUGCGAUUCUUUCUCUAUUAAUAAAUUCCACAAGAAACUCCUUUAUAUAACUUUGUACUUUUCUUUGUUUAUUUAUAUGUACCCUGUAGUGCUCUGUCUUAUAUUGUUACUCUGUUUUGCUCGGUUUAGUAUUGUUGCUCUGUUUUGGUUCGUUAGUUUUAACCCUAGCGUAAUUAUUUUCUGGACUUUGUCUGGAAACACAAUCAAAGUCUGGAUAAAGUACUAAAGUUGUAAACGCUUAAGCCUCCUUCCUUCAAUCUUCCCAAAUAAACAACCAUAAAUAAAAUAAUUGAAUGUGCAAGAGUUUACUCUGCUUCUUAUUGUCCUUUGUUUAAAGGAAACAUCCAGCAAGGCUUUUUUUUUUUUGGCAUCAAAGUAAAUGUUAUUAAAACUCAAACUGGUUCGUUUAGGUCCGCUGCAUGAGCGAGCCCUUGAUGAACCUUAAUAUUUACAUUCGCAAAUCGUAAAGCACGUGAUCGUCCUUCCUUAGCUAGGGAGUCCGCACUGAGGUUUAGAGAACGAAACAUAUAAGAAAACUCAAGCUUUUGAAAGCAUGUAGCAGUAGCUUUUAUGUCUUCUAUUUCGUGCGCCAUUGAGGGCCAUUCAUCCUCAUAUAGGAUGAUGUUUACCAGCUGUUGGCAGUCAGAUUCAAAUCUUACUCGGUGGAAUCCGCGAUUCUUUACCUCUUUCAUAGCCCAGCUUAGGCUCUUUGCUUCGGCAUGAAGUGGUGCUUGUGCUCGAGGGCAGCACCUCUGUCCUUCCAAAAUGAUCUCCUCGUUUGCAAUUAACACGAAGCCUAGCCCCAUCCAUUCUUCCUUAGCCAACCAGGAUCCAUACACUUGACAGGUCCAGAUGUCUGCCGAAGACAUUCCAGUAGUUUGAUUUCUUUGUGUCGUCGUUGUUGUCGCGUCCGGUUCUUCCAUUGGUUCUCCUAGCUGAGCUAUGCUCCAUGCUGUGGCUUCUUGAGUAGCUAGCUGGAGUGUAUCACCUGGUGAUAUGUCUUUGCCGUUAAAGCACUUAUCAUUUCUCGCCUUCCAUAUGUACCAUAGUAGUCAGGGAAACAUCGAGAAAGUCUCAGAAAGGCUAGAGUUUAUGGACACUUGCUGAAGGAGAUGGUCGAAAUUCACAAACAGAGACGAGCACGGGAAGAGCCCCGGAGGUGAAGGGAUAGCAGACAGCGCCCAGCAUUGUAGAGCUGGUGGACAAUCAAAAAGGAUGUGAUUGAUGUUCUCCACUGCUGCUCCGCAUCGCUGACAUGUUGUGUCUGUACCACAGUGUCUUUCCACAAGCUUGCUUGCCGAAGCCACAAAGCUCGAUAAAGCUAGCCAUAGAAAUUGUUUUAUCUUCCUCGCAGUCUUCAGUUUCCAUACCUUCGAUUUUAAAUCCCUUAUGCUUGGCUCGAGAACCUGGCUAUCACUCUGAUUUUUCCUUUGUGCCACUGCAACUUCGUAUCCAGUUUUCACGGUAUAAUUCCCAGAUAAUGUAUGCUUCCAGACAUAGCCAUCAUGACGUCCUGUUUUGCUUAUUUUUAAUUCGAGUAUCCCUGGGAUAUCUUCUGCACGAAUCACCUCGGAAAUGAAAGCCUCAUCCCACUGCUUAGUUUCAAAAUUUAUUAGGUGGUGCACUCUUAGGUCCGGAUCAUAGUCCAAACGAGCUGGAUGUGCCGGUCUAGCCGGGGAGCCUGGAAUCCAGACGUCCUCCCAUACCAUUGUCCUUGCUCCCGUUCCAAUCGUUCUGCAUAGGCUUCCUUCCAGCACAUGCUUAGCCGCCAUCAAACUGCACCAGCCAUAGGAUGGGUUAUGGGCUUUCCCUGUUCUCAGUGGGUUCGAAUGCCGGUAGUAUCGCCCUUUGAGGACGCGCGCCAGGAGAGAAUGAGGAUAUACCAGUAGGCGCCAUACCUGCUUUGCUAACAGUGCAAGAUUGAAAUCUCGAAAAUCUCUGAAGCCAAAGCCCCCUUCAUCCAUUGGAACACAUAUCUUAUCCCAAGCCACCCAAUGUAGGCCUCUAUUAUUUUCUUUUGUACUCCACCAGCAUCUCGCCACAGCGGCGGACAGUUUUUUACAAAUUCCUUGUGGCACUAGAUAGCAUGACAUCACGAGGUCGGUGUAGCUUGUGCUACAGACUUUAUCUGCACCUCUUUCCCUCCCCGUGAAAGUAGUUUACCCGACCAGUUGUUGAUGUUUCCAUUCAUCCUCUCUUGAACGAACGAGAAUACUUGGUUCUUCGAGCCACAUAUCUUUUCGGGCAUCCCAAGAUACAUUCCCCUUCCCCCUUUUCUUGUUAUUCAAAGUGAUCUUUUCAGACCUUGUUUAGAGGACGCUACAACCUUAGAACCGAAAAGAUAUGUAGGUAAAAGACUUAGUAAAAUACAAAUAGAGAUAAAAGAAUUUUAUAACUUCCAAUUUACUUAUAAUUUAGGAUUUUCUCGACUUGAUUUCUCAAUUAUGUUGUGUAUAAGUUUCAUUGAAAUUUUGAAAAACAAAUAUACGUUUUUAUGUCUAACAACCCCGCGCUUGUGCGGGGACUAAGCCCCUAGUUUUUUAGAAUACUCAUCUUUUAAUAGUAUAAACAUAUACAUAUUUUCCGGUUAAAAAAAUUAUAAACUUUUAUUUUACAUCAAUUUUGUGCUUGAGAUUAUAUUUAAUUUAAUUAUAAAUUUUAAAAUAUCAUUUGAUCAUUACAUCUUUAGAAUCUAUACUAUCACAGUAGAACCUCUAUAAAUUAAUAAUGUUGGGACUUUGAAAUUUUAUAAAUUUGUAGAGAUAUUAAUUUACAAAAGUUUCCUGAUUUAGAUUUUUUUUAUUUUAAGAUGUAUUUAUUCUAAGAUAAGAAAAAUAUUUGAAUUUAGUGUAUAGACAUUAAUUGUUAGUUUUUUUUAAUUUGACAUUUAUAUUAAUUAUAUUAUAUUAUUUGGUGCAUAUAAUAUACAUUGCACAAAACUUAAAUGUGGCUUUAAAUAUAAUAUUACUAAAUCUCAUUAAAAUAUAUUAAGUGUUAAGAAAAUAUAAAGAUAAUAUCAUUGUGAAUAUAAAACAAACAAUAUAAUAAUAAGUUCUUAUUUAUAUUAAUUUAUUUAUACUUAUAAAUUAUUAACAUUUAUUCAAGAAAAGAAAGAAAAAA